CAGUCGCCACGGACAGAAGCUUCCAGAUGGACGCGCAGUCCCCUACUUGAGAAAGACAUUAUUUCAGUAUGUCUCAGGCCUCUUCUGACUAUACGGACCGCGGAGGUCAAAGGGAAUCCAGCCUGGGCCCUUUGAGUUUGGACUAUAUUCCCACUGAAGAAGAGCGGCGAGUCUUCAGAGAAUGCGGCCAGGAGAGCUUCUGGUAUAGAUCUGUCCCUGUCUCUGUAAUUAGCAUGGCACUCACUCAGUUUCUCAUCUCAAGAGGAGCACUGACGUCAUCAACCAGGCUUGGAUCGCUGCCAAAAGUUGCAUUUGCUGGUGUGUGCGGCUACCUGGCAGGAAAGAUGUCCUAUAUGAAGACGUGCCAGGAAAAGUUUAAGAAUUUGGAACACUCCCCUCUAGGAGAAGCUUUACGUCAGAGACAGCGCCACAUCCCACCACGUUUUAUUCAUGAACAGUCUAAACUCAAUGAACCUGAUAAACCUGUGUUUGAGCCAGGACCCCAGGAGCCCUCCUACAAGCAGGAUUUUCCCUACAGUGACCCUCCAUUCUUGAGCUCCAGCAGCCGCUCUGACUCACCAGAACCGGCGUUUUUGGAUGAUGCUGAACCCAGAGAGAAGCCCGUUCUGUAUGAGGAGCUGCGCAGCAGGAACCGGGAGAACUAUGAGGUCACGCUGACCAGGAAAGCAGAAUCACUCCUCAGGCCUGCAGCGGGAGGGACUGGGCCUAAGAAAGAGGUGAAGAAGAACAUUUAUGGAGAUACAUGGGAGGAAUGACUGAACUCUCAACUCCAUGGAACUCUUGAUGUUCAAUGUGUAUUAACCUUUACAAGCUAA